GCAAUUUUAAGCGAGGAGCCUGCGGUCCUGCCAAGACGACGGAGGAAAAACAAAAGACAGGAUGGCAGUGCGGUAUGCGCCGGAGGUGGUCAAGGCGUUUGUGUCUUCGCUGAACAACGACGAGCGACGUGCACUGGACAGCCUCAAGGAGCAGCUGGGAGAUGAGCACGAUCACGACGAUGUGGCGCUGAUCCGCUUUCUUCGUGCGAGGAAGCAUCACAUCUCGCGCACAGAGAAGAUGCUGCGCAAGUCACAGGACUCCAUGGCGGAGCUGUGUGUGGACACGUUGCUUGAGACAUAUGAACCACCCGCAUCUGCUCUGCGCUUCUACCCACUGAGCUUCUUUGGCAUUGAUCGCGAGGGCUGCCCCAUCUCCCACGAGGCCCUCGGCAGUGCUGACGCCCACGGGCUCAUGAAGUCUGCAUCUCUGGACGAGCUGUUGUUGUACAAGGUCUACGAUUCCAUGAUCCACAUGAAGCUACUGGAACUGAGAACCAUUGCAACAGGACAAGUGCACCACCAAAUUACGGUCAUCUUUGAUCUCGAAGGGCUGUCCACGCGCCACAUGCAUCGCCCCUUUCUCAACCUCAUCACCACGAUGAGCGACAUGUUCGAGUCAAACUUCCCCGAGAGCCUGCGUCGCCUCUUCAUCUUGAACCCGCCCCGCAUCUUCCCCAUUGCGUUUGCAAUUGUGAAACCGUUCCUGCACGAAGCAACACGGGAGAAAUUCAUCAUCCUUGGAUGCAACAAGGAGAGCAAUUUCAAGGAGCUGAGCAAGUACAUUGAGCCCAAAUGGAUUCCACAGCGCUAUGGCGGUCCCGUGCCUGACGAUGAUGCUGGCGUGUGCUUCUCUGCCGAGCCCGUACCGGAUGAGCAUCAUCUGAGCGCUGCGGACGUGAUGGCUGGCGCUGUUCACGUCGAAGUGCAGAAACGAAGCCCUGCACUGCAUGAAAUCGACGUCCCGUGUGAAGGCGCAUGCAUCGACUUUUGGAUCAACACAUCUGGCCAAAUCACAAUGUCGCUUGUGCGGUUGGAUGACAAUGCCUUGUGCAUGGCGUCCAGGACUGUGGACUGCAGCGUGACGCCGCAGCACUACCGGUAUGUGUGUUGCAAGGCAGGCAAGUACGCCAUCAAACUGGAAUACACGGCACGCGGUUGGUCGAGCACACGCGACGUGCAGGUGAAGGCGACCGUUGAAGAGACGCCCAUGGCAUCGCACGCGGAGGGCGUUGUGCGCUGGUGGAUCAAACGCCACAUGCCCGAGCACGAGCACAUCUUGCUGCCCCACGUACCCUCCUCAGCGUCGCUUGCUCGCAGCAGCAUGUCCCGUGACGAAGACUUCAACUACACCGACACCACGCGUGGCGAUGCAAACGCGAAUGCGCGCAGCGCUGACGGCGAGAACAUUGUUGAUGACGACGAUGACGAUGAUGAUGAUGAUGAUGAUGAUGAUAUUUGGCUGGGAGAUCCGCUUGAACACAAGGAGAAGCAAACAGAGGAGGAGACAGCAGCCACCCUCGCCCGCCAACGCCAGCUCCAAUUCCAACUUCAACUCGAACGCCAGGCCGCAGCAGAACGGGCUCACGUUGCGUCCCUGUUCCAGUCCGUCGUGUCUGCACCGUGGACCGUGCACAGAACAGCCGUGUAGCGUCGGAUGAUGCUAUCGUGCCUUUUUCUGUUGUUCGUGGUGGCUUGGCCGGCGACACCUGUUACUCAGCGGCCUGCCAUGUUUCGAUGGCAUGAUGCUUGCGGUCUCUGUUGCUGAUGCUGUUGGGUUCUGUAGUAGCAAUUGACUCGUGCCUCUUGUGUGUCUCCUGUAUGUCUUUCCAAACAUACACGCACCACGACACCGGCUUUGUUCUCUGACUUGCUUUGUUGCCAGUGGUGCUUUCGUAGCUUUUGGACCAUGGUGUGUCCUCGCAGAUUUAUGAACAAACAAACAAACACC